ACAUUUUUCUAGUGGAUUUUUUUAUUUGAAUUUUUCCUUUACUCUAUUCAUUUCCGCAGACGCAUACAAUCUUUUUCCCUUUUACGUUGUUUCUGGGAAAAUUAAAGUGUGCGUUUGUCUUCAAAAUUUAGUAAUUAUUAAUAAUUUUGACGAGCAUCUUCAAUUUCAUCUUCAGAAAUUCUCCAGUGGAAGUUGCAUGGAUUAAAUCACGUAUUUUUACUGCUUGGUUUAUAAAUUCGUGAGAGUUUAUUGCAGCUCUGACAAGAUGGGUGCUCCAAGGAGAUGGAUCAAACAAUUGCUUGGUUUGAAGAAAUCAGAGAAAAUAGUAUCUUCGGAGGAGGAAAAUAGUUCUGGAAAUGUUGGCAAGAGUUGGAACCAAAGCAAGCCCUCUAUUGAGCCUGAGAAAGGCAGAUAUGAAAAUGAGUUGAAUGAGAAUGUGGACACAGAAUUUGAAGAUGCAAACUGGCAGUGGGAGAUGGACCAAUCCGGUGGUGCGCCUUCGACAUCACUUCAGGCAAAGAACGCAGCUCAGCUUUCAGAGGAUCCGCCCGCUGUCUCACCACGUGUGCAGAAUGCACCUCAGCAGCAGCCUCAAGAGGAUUGGAGAGAAGAAUGGAUGGGUGUAUAUGCCAAGGAAGGAAACUUCAAGUCAGCUUUGGAUUCACCCAACUCACCGGAGGAGCAGAGUGCAGCUCGACUAGACGAUGAUGCAGUAGAAGGAUGGGCAACACCGGAUGUGAGAGAGAUGUUCGAGUCGGAUCCUGAUCCGAUUAGUCCACAUUCUAGCUCACUCGAGGUGGAAUACGCAGCUCUAGAUGCUGAAGAUGCAAACUUUCUGUCAGCUCUAGAGGAGGACGGGAAUAUGCAGGAGGAAUCGGCAGCCAGAUGUAUCCAAACAGCCAUUAGAGGAUUUCUGCUGCCAAAUGAAGCGCCUAAAACUGAUACUCGACUGCCUAUGAGUGAAGAAUCGGCUGCCAUACGCAUCCAAACUAUUUAUAGAGGAUUCAUGGCUAGGCGAGCCUUUCGCGCUAUAAGAGGACUGGCGAGACUUCAAGCCCUAGUGAAAGGUCAUACUGUGAAAAGGCAAGCUGCCAUUGCCCUUCGCUGUAUUCAAGCUUUAGUAAAAGUUCAGGCGCAUUCCCGUGCAAAGCAUGUCAAAACUGCAUUAGAGAAUCAAUCAGUACAAAAGAAGCUAAUACAGCAACUUGAAGUCGAGGCUCCAGCUAAAAGACCUGAAUAUAUCCAGAAUGGGUGGUGUAACAAGGUUGGCUCUGCUGCUGAAAUCCGAGCCAGGUGGCAGAAAAGGCAGGAGGCCGCAGCUAAACGCGAAAAAGCAAGAGCGUAUGCUUUAGCUCGUCAGUGGCAGGCCGGGAUAAGGCAGCAGCCACAGCCGCAGCCGCAGCCACAGCAUCAGCAACAGCAAGAGCAGCCGCAGCAGGAGGCAACACCUGCUGGUUUUCCCUCGGUUAAAACUGAGUGGGGCUGGAAUUGGUUGGAGAGAUGGAUGGCUGUUCGCCCUUGGGAAACUGACAUUUUAGACGACGCUAGUCUUAGAGAUGGAACGAAGAGCCCUACAAGUGAACGAGUUUCUCUGGUGAAUGUACCAACAUCUCCAUUAACAGAAAGAAAGCCAUUGUCAAGUAUUGGAAAUGGGAAAACUAUCCCCCGUUUCAACAUCACAAUCGAGAAGAGUUCUUCACCGAGGAGGUUAUCUGCUGCGCUGGAAACUCCCACCACACCUGUUUCGAGUAGGAGUCCAAGAACACCUAUGAAAGCUAUUGGUUCUAGAUCGUUCAGUACUCCUAGAGAGCGAUCAAACCUUUCGGAUUUUCAAGACAAGAAGCGAUUGUCUCUACCUGGGACAAUGCAUGGAGCUAGGCUUCUGGCUCAAAGUGCUGUGAAUAGCCCGCGCACUCGAAGUCCUCGAACGGAAAGCCCUCGAGUUCAAAGUCCUCAGAAAGCCGGGAAUCCCAGAAGCAAACUGAACGGGAACGAUGUCAAGCCCUCGAAGCUCAGCCGCUAGCUCUCUCAUUACUAUCCACUUUCAUCUGCCAUCAAACACACAUUCUUGGAGCGGAAACAGCCACAAAAAGGUUCGUUAGCUCAAAUGUGGCCUCCAAUGGUUAAAGUUAAGAGAGCUAAGAAUGAAAUUGUCUCAACUCAACAGCUAUUUUGUAUAUGAUAUGUAUUCAAGUGCUUCAUUUUAGCAGUAUUUGUAUUAUGAGUUUGUUUUCUACACUUUAAAAGAUAAUGAUUUAACUACUUUAUUUCUAUCGACUA